GACGACGACGACGAGUGACUUUAAGUUCUAAUCAUGCUCUAGGAGGUACUGUAAUACCUCAAUGCACAUUACACAUAUGACAUCCUCUUUGCCCUCCUGUUUCUGACCCCACGACUCCUCAACGACAUAACUACAUACAUACCUUACUUGAUACAUGUACUCAACUCCGAGUUCUGCCCAGCAGGCCUGAGGCCAUCAUCUUUCUAUCCCAGCAUCGAACCUGAUCUCGACUCGCGACCAAGCGAGUCCGCGUCGUAGAUCGAGGCGACGCCGCCGACGCGCGAACUGUCGCGCCAUCUCUCAUUGGUCAACUCAUCGAUUGGGAAGCGGGACGACCAGGAUUCGCCAGAAGGUAGAAUCGAGGGAAAUGGCUGCCCUGAAUACCCUCCCUGGUCCCUUCAACAGGAAGAACAACAACAACCACCACCAGUACAACAACAACAACAUACACCACGACGACGACGACGACAAUAGCAACGACAGCGACGAUAUUAAUUCUCCCAUUCUUCAUCCAGUAUAUUGUCGUCACGACCACCAAACUCCCUUGGCCAGUGCGGGCUUCAUCAUACACAUCGACGCCAAAACGUAUCCCUCCUCCUCGCACCUCGACGUGGCUGACCACCAGGAGCAUGCGCCGCUCACCCUCCUGACCGCAAACGAGUCGACUGUACAGCGCCGCCGCGCAUCGAGACACGAUAGCCUGUUCAUAGACACCACAUCCUCACAAGACUCGUUGUGUGGGAAGGGGGCUGGGAUCACGCGGCCCCAGAGCGUUGCGGUGCGGGGACUCGGUCGCAGUGUCAGCCUGCCCAUCGUGGACGACGCCAUGCUGGCCAGUGUCAGCGUGGAGAGUGUCGUCGAGGAGAGCAGCAGCACGCCGGGUUCUCCGCCCGACUUGACCUAUUCCAAGUCGUCCAAGAGCAGCUCAUCCCUCAACUCAGACGACGACAUUUGCGCUGCCGGCCAGGAUGGGGGACUCUCCAAACAUGGCCACUUUGACGAAGUCGUGCUGGAGGAAGACUGCGGCAGUGAUGGGCGAGAAGACAACAAUCUGCCGCCGGAUUCCAGACCCACGCUCAGGCGCCCGGCGCCGCGGGCACUGGCAACCGGCGGCGCCGUUGUUGCACGAAGACGCAGCGGCACGAGUCCCCCCCUCCGCCCAUUGACGAAUGGCAUCCAGCAGUCCAAAUAUCCGUCCCUGCAAGGAGCCGUCUCGGGCGUGCUGCAAGAUCAGAGCCUCAAUCUACCCCAAGGACGGACGAUGCAACGCGCAGUCUCGAGUCCCCUCACGUCGCCGUCCAUGCGCCCGCACCCUCAACACAUUCUUUCGCGGUCGCCCAGUCCCAAUAAGCUAUAUGCACCUAAAUCACCGCUCGGCUCUCCGCAAACACUAGCCACGUCCACACCAAAGGCAUCGUACGAAUCGCAAGGCUCUGCCACGAGAAAGCCGGCGUGGCAGCCGCGCAGAAAGAGCACCAAGGAACUGGAAGCAGAGUACAAUGAUGAAGACGAAGACGUGCCAGACGACGCCAUCUUGGAGAAUGUGCCCGUGUCGCCUUUACCGGGACAUUAUAGCGUAGCACGAUCGCCAAACUUGACGCCCAAUAGUAUGCGCUCAGCGACUCCUAGUCCGAAUCGAAGGCCGGGACCAUAUGCGAACAUGCACUCCGCAAACAUUCCGAAAGGCGCUAAACGACCCUCUGCUCCGCCGUCGUCCAUGACGGGUAUGCCUCGAUCCCCCAAGUUCCACCAUCGUCCCAAGAUGCAACAUUCCAGUACCGUGGGAGCGUUCCCCUUGGAUUCGAGGUGUCGACAGUAUAAGAGCAAGUCAUGGACGGAGGAUCUCAAUCGGGAGGCCCGGGAGCUGUCGCAAAAGUUGGAGGAGUAUGCGGAGCGCUUGUCGCUCGACAAGAAAUCUACCACACCAUCGGGCGCCAAUAGCGUUGCGAGCAGUCCACCGCGACUAAGUUCGAACAAGCCGGCGAGACUGCAAACGACAAUUUUGGAGAUCCCCAGCAUUCCCAGCACCACACUUCCCCCGAUACAGAGAGGCAAUAUCAUGAUUGAUCCACUUCCCAUCAGCAAGGAAAAAGAGGCCGUCCUGAGUCGCACGAGACCGUCAUGGCUGCCUCCGAAAGAUCAAAAAGAAGAGCGCAAGCAUCUCAAGGAGUUUCAGCAGAUGAUGGCGAGGGCUGCAGAAUCUGAGAGAAAGCGCGCUUUGAAAGAGCAGACAAAUCGCGAGGACAAGCAAGAAAUGCAGGGGAGCAUUGCACGAAUCUGGGAACAGCACGUACUCCCGAAUUGGGAUGUAGUCGUGCAGGAGCCGCGAACCAGAGAGCUCUGGUGGCGAGGAGUGACUCCCAGCAACCGUGGUGAGGUGUGGUCCAGAGCAAUCGGGAAUGAGCUGGAGCUUUCCACGGCGAGCUUCGACGCAGCUCUUGCGAGAGCACACGCACUGGAGGCCAAGAUUGCAAACAUCCCCGCCGAGGAGAAGGCGAAUUGCAGAGAGGCUGCAUGGCUGGAAGCUAUUGACAGAGAUGUUCCGAAUACGCUUCCAGACGCGCGCAUGUGCUACAAUGCGGUGGCGCCACUGCAUAAGAACCUCUCGGAUGUGCUCAAGGCGUAUACUUUGUAUCGCAGUGAUGUGGGCUAUGUUUAUGGGAUUCAUCUCAUCGCGGGGAAUAUAUGUCUGACCCUGCCCGCUGCUGAUGCAUUCGUCCUCCUGGCCAAUAUGCUUAACAGACCUUUGCCCUUGGCUUUCCUAGUGCACGAUGAAGCCGCCAUGCAACGAACCUACGAACUCACACUGCAGACACUGCGGUACAAGUACACUCGACUCCACGACCACCUCACAUCGCCAGCUUUGGGCCUGAAACCGGAGGAAUUCCUGGAUCCGAUCUAUCGCUGUCUGUUCGCAUACAACCUUCCUCAUGAAUAUGUUGCACGCAUCUGGGACAUUUUUGUCUUUGAAGGCGACAAAGCUCUGGUCCGUGCUGCUGUCGCUGUUCUCUCACAACUCGAAAGCAAACUCUACGGAUCGCGAGAGGAAGUUUUGCACCUUAUUGGUUGGGUGAAUCAAGGCAACUUCCCGGUCGAGUCCGAGGACGCCUUCAUCAAUGCUAUACGUGAGGCGGGCAAAGUCGAGCGUCGGAGCGCGAGCGCCUAGUCGGCCGGUCGGGGCAGGAAGAAGAAUACGUAUCGCAGUCUGAUGAGGAGAAGGAGGAACUCGUCAUGGAUAUGUCCGGAUCGGGACCGAGUGCUGAAUCUCAGCUUUCGUGGAGAGGAAAGUUCCAGUAGCAUCGGGAUCUUGGAUGAUACGGUGGGCCUCAGCGCGAAGAUGAUGGAGUCGAUCUCUUUGGUGGAUGUGAAGCGCGAGUGCAAGUCGGGAACUGGUAGCAUUGCGGGUAGAAAGGGCUUCGGGCUCGCGAGUGCCGGUUUGAGACGCGUCGUUGGGGUCUUCUGUCAUCAGACGAAUGUGCAAGAAUGGGAGCAGUGAGCUAUCAUUGAGAGCUCCCCAUCAAUCCUAAUGUAAUUGGAAAAGACUGGCUUUGGGAGCAUUUCAUCUUGGAGAUGCUUACGAGCUACACAAGAGGAAGGCGUGUGGAAGUAGAAGAAGUGCUGCGUCACACUUGCACUAUUGUCUAUUCUUUGGGGGGUUGUUUUUGGUAAUGAUCAGGGCAAGAUGAAGGGAACCUGAGAAUAAAUUAAUUGUACAGAGAACGGAUGCAUACACGUGCGAGUGUGGAAGGGUAGGCGGAGGGGGGAGGGGGGAAAGGGAGAGGGUGCCACUGUUCAUAUUUCUGUACCUAUGUACAUCUGACGAAGGAUCCCAAU